AAAACACGCGAGUCGUCUUCCUCGCAGAGUCGCAGCCAAUUUGCAUACUCGCAAAAUUUCUUCAGGUUCAGAAGUGUCCAGAUCUGGCACGCCUCGCUCCGCCUGGCCACGCCUUGCAACACCUCCUUACGCCUUCCCCGUGCUAAACGUGCAACUCGUGAAACAGCCGACCCAUGUAUUUUUCUCACUUUUGCUUCAGGGGACGUUUUCUGAACUUUAUGAUACAAGAAGUGAACCUAUAGAAUGGGCAUUGAUUCUGAAACUUGUAAUGCACAAAUUGUGUGCCAACAAAAAAGAAGAAGGAUAUCUUCGAACACUGGCAUUUCGUUGUGUGAGACAUUUAGUCCUCUUGAAGCUUCCUUACCCUAUUUACCAACUUUAGAAGAAGCUGAUUACUACACACAGCCCUCUUUGAAGGAAUUGGCUGCUCGAGAAUAUACAGAUCCUGGUUUUUCUAGUCGAGUUUUGGACUUUACAGUUGGAAGAUUCGGUUAUGGAUCCAUCAAAUAUCUUGGGAAGACUGACAUUAGGAGAUUGGAAUUAGAUAAAAUUGUGAAGUUCCGCAGACAUGAGGUUAUUGUAUAUGAAGAUGAAACUGCCAAACCUUUGGUUGGCCAAGGCCUUAACAAGCCUGCUGAAGUCACUUUAGUGCUACAAACAAGACCAUCAAAUAUGGAAAAGAGACAGAGAGAUAAUAGUGUGAAAAAAUUGAGGCAGAUUGCGGAGAGACAAGGAGCUCAGUUUAUUUCGUUUAAUCCAGAAAAUGGGGAAUGGAAAUUUUUUGUUCACCAUUUCAGCAGAUUUGGAUUGAGUGAAGAUGAUGAAGAAGACAUCAUGAUGGAAGAUGCUGCUGCAGCUCAAGAUCUUGUAGAAAUGAACCAUGGUGAGAUUUCUGAUGCUGAUGAAGAAACCCAAAUGGAUCCCACUGGAAUUGUGCUUUCGCAUUCUCUUCCUGCUCAUCUUGGGCUUGACCCUGUAAAGAUGAAAGAAAUGAGAAUGUUGAUGUUUCCUGAUGGGGAAGAGGAAGCUGAGGAGUUGAAUCAAGUACCUGCACAUUAUAAUCCAUCCUUUGGUAGAGAAUACAUAAGACCUCCUUUACAAAAUACUUCUCAGAGGAUGAGUGAUAGAUCUACUCCACCACCUGUUCGAAAAACCCCAUUGGCAUUGCUCGAGUAUAAGCAUGGUAGUUUUGACUCAAACUCUCCUGGGGCCAUUCUAAUGGCCCAAGAAAAUAAGGUCAUGCCUCCAAAGAUACUAAAAGAAGGUUUUAAGCUUGAUCUCAAGCAUGAAACACCAGUAACUAAAAGACAUUGUCGCAACAUAGUUGAUGCAGGUCUGUUGAUGGGUAGGUCAUUUCGAGUAGGAUGGGGUCCUAAUGGAACCCUAGUCCAUGCUGGAACACCUGUAGGGAGUACUGGUUCUCAAAUGAUGUUAUCAUCCACAAUCAAUUUAGAGAAGGUUGCUAUUGACAAUGUUGUUAGGGAUGAAAAUAACAAAGUUAGAGAGGAACUUAUUGACAUGGCUAUUGAUUCUCCACUAGAUUUUCACAUGGGAUUACUUCAUCAGACAGAAGAGAUUGAAGUUGGAUCCUUUAACCUAAGGCUGCAGAAGGUUGUCUCUAAUCGCUUGAUGCUAUCAGAGAUUUGCAGGAGCUAUGUAGAGAUCAUUGAGAAGCAGCUGGAAGUUCCUAGGCUAUCUUCCUCUUCUCGUUUGGUUUUGACACACCAAGUAAUGAUUUGGGAACUGAUAAAAGUUCUUUUUUCUGAUAGGGAAAAUGGUGGGAAAAUGAAAUCUUUGGGUGCUGAUAAUGAGGAAGAAAUGGUGCAGGAUGUGAAGGAAGCUUCUCAAGAAGUCGACCUGGAAGCAUUACCUCUUAUUCGGAGGGCAGAGUUUAGUUAUUGGUUGCAAGAGAAUGUAUGCCAUCGAGUACAAGAAAAAAUGAGCUCCUUGAAUGAGUCCAGUUAUCUGGAAUACAUAUUAUUACUUCUGAGUGGGCGCCAACUGGAUGCAGCUGUUGAACUGGCUGCUUCUCGGGGAGAUGUGAGAUUGGCUUGUUUGUUAAGUCAGGCUGGAGGGUCCAUAGUCAAUCGUUCCGACAUGGCUCAACAGCUUGAUCGUUGGAGGAUCAAUGGGCUGGAUUUCAGUUUCAUUGAGAAAGACAGGAUAAGGCUUUAUGAGUUGCUUGCUGGUAAUAUCAACAGUGCUUUUCACGAUGUUAAAGUUGAUUGGAAGAGGUUUCUAGGGUUAUUGAUGUGGUAUCAAUUAGCACCUAGCACCUCAUUGCCCACUGUUUUUCGCACUUAUCAACAUCUUCUUCACGAGGGUAAGGCUCCAUACCCUGUUCCGAUUUACAUUGAUGAAGGACUGGUAGAAGAGUCUGAGAAUUUUAGUGCGGUAAAACGUUGUGACCUAUCAUAUUAUCUUAUGCUGCUACAUGCCAGUGAAGAAAGUGAAGUUGGCUUUCUAAAGAGCAUGCUCAGUGCCUUUUCAUCAACACAUGAUCCGCUUGAUUUCCAUAUGAUCUGGCAUCAGCGUGCAGUGUUGGAAGCAGUUGGGGCUAUCAGCUCUAAGGAUCUUCAUGUUCUUGACAUGGGAUUUGUUUCCCAGCUGUUGUGUCUUGGGAAAUGUCAUUGGGCCAUCUAUGUGGUCCUUCACAUGCCCCAUUGUGAAGAUUUUCCAUAUGUCCAUGCUAAUCUUAUUCGGGAAAUCUUGUUCCAAUAUUGUGAAUCCUGGAGUUCUCAAGAAUCACAACGCCAAGCCAUUGAGAACUUGGGUAUUCCUAAGGCAUGGCUUCAUGAGGCUAUGGCUGUUUAUUUCAAUUACUACGGGGAUCUUGCAAAGGCCCUUGAACACUUUCUUCAAUGUGCAAAUUGGCAGAAAGCACAUACUAUUUUCGUAACUUCUGUUGCCCACAAAUUAUUCUUGUCUGCCGAACACUCAGAGAUAUGGAGGCUUGCAACUUCCAUGGAGGACCACAAAUUAGAAAUUGAAAAUUGGGACCUGGGAGCUGGGAUUUAUAUUUCAUUCUAUCUAAUUAGAAGUUCAUUGCAGGAAGCGGACAAUACCAUGAACAAACUGGAUUCUCUUGAAAGCAAAAAUUUUGCAUGUAGAGAGUUCCUUGGUCAGUUAAAGCAGUCUUUGGCUGUUUGGGGUGUCCAGCUACCCGUUGACGUGAGGGUAGUGUAUUCAAAGAUGGCAGAUGAGAUAUGCAAUUUGCUUUUAUCUGAUAUUGGAGAUGGCCCAACACGAGAUAUUCAAUUAAGUUGUUUUGACACCGUUUUUAGUGCUCCCAUUCCUGAAGACCUUCGCGCAAGUCAUUUGCAAGAUGCACUGUCUCUCUUUACAUGCUUUCUUUCAGAGGUUGCUACAUAGGUUUUCCCCUUUCUGCAAGGCAGUUUGUUCCAGUUGAAAUUAUAAGAUCCUCGCAAGCUCUUAUUUUUGCUUCAACAGCAAUCUGUACUGAGUUGUGCUUUUCUGGAGAUGCAUAGUUCAUGUAUGUUAUUUUACAGAAAAGCUAGAACUGAUGCUGGCCAGGGGUUCCGACCAAAAAAAAUAAAGAUGCUGGGCUGGGGGCCUUGCAGGGUGCAACCUGCCGGUGUGACUGCACAGGGUUCUUUUAUUUUAUGGUUCUUUUCUACCCCCGAUUUCCAGUUGUAUCAGCUGUAACUUCUUUUAUUUUAGUUGAUACAUGUAGGGUAGCUCAUGGUUUAAAGAUUCGGAUUGUAGGGAUUGUCCAGCGAGCUCUUAGCUGGGAGUAAGAUCAGUCUUCACCUCCAUGGUGUUCUGCGCAA